AUGGAGCGAUCAGAAGAGGAUUUGUCACUUGGAAGUUCAGAAGAGUAUAGGGAUGAGGAGAAGAGUAUCUUUACGGAGGAUAUGAAUAUUGAUAACCCACAUGAGUACUCGAAGCAUGAAAAUUUGCAGACUUAUGAUCCUAAGAGACAGCCUCAUAGUUUCUUUUAUCUAGGAAUCAGCGGUCAAAUUGAUAGCGGAGAAUUUUAUGACAGAGAUGGGAUUGCUAUUAAGUAUGAUAUUGUCAAAGGUAAUCGAUGGAAGCUUGUUAAAGGUGAAGAAACUGGUAUCAGUCAGCAUGGCUUUAGAAAUCAGGGAGCUAGUAAAAGAAUUGUUUGGAACUUCCCAUUUGAAGUCAUUUAUUCUUCAACAAAUGUCAAGGAUUGGCCUCAAAUUGUCCUCUAUGGGAGUGGUAAAGAUUUUAGAGGAAGAGAAGUCAUAGAAUUUUAUGGCAGCGUUCAUGUGCCAACCUCUCCAGGUAGGCAUACUCGGUAUGUAAGAAUGUUUCAGCCAGUUACUAGUAGCAUCUUUGGUAAAUUCCUUGGAUGGAUAAAAGGUAAUCCAGCUUCUUAUAAAGAUGCACCAAAUCUAAUUGCAAAGGGAGAAGGAAGAGAAGUGACGAGAGUCCAAUCUGGAGGUCUCCUCAAAAUAACCUUCCAAAUUACUCAAAGAAAUCUUGAAAAGUAUGGGUACAAAACGACUUCCAAUGACGACUAAUUGUUUUUGCAAAUUUUCAAUUUUUAA